GAGUGGACUGUGUGGGAGAAGGGUGUGAGCAGCAUUGUGGGUAAGAACUUUUGACAGCAGGACUGAUUGUCUGGCUUUCCUCUUGGGGAUAGACCUAGCCUUAUAUUCUUCAGAGUGAUUGUUUGCCUGGAGAAUGGGCUGGAGGUUUUCAGACCCUAAAUUCAAUCUCUCCAGUCCUGAUUCCUGAUAUUGUGAGGGUGAUAAUGCUGCCAUUUAAUGCUCAGGAUGUCUCACAAUGUGGAAACUUUAAUCAGGGUGGGAAGCUUGCUGGAAUUGGGCAGGAGGCACUUUUACCCACCAACACAUUUUUCAACCAAAAGCCUCCCUGUAGCAGAGUUGGGGCUAUUUGUUACAAUUUCCCCUGGGACCUGUUUCAGAGAAAUCCCACCUCUGGUUUAGGAAGGGAGAACAUUUUGGGGACUAAAAUAGGUUAGAGAAGGAUGAAUGACCCCAAAUGGCCAAUUAUCUGCCCAAAGUUCUUCUGGAGGCACACUGUCCAUUUUUGGCUUCUGUGCUGGUAUUGGGGAGACACAGGAGUACAAACAUGUUCUUGGAGCCCAUAUGUGGGUUGAAUCUGGCAAUUGGUCCACCUCUCCUUUGCAUGGAUAUUGUUCUUAGACAGAUUAGAAUACCAUUGUCCUGGUCAGUUGCUUCACAUAGAAAUUAUUCAGUCAAACAAUUUUCAAGCAAACUCUUGACUUGAACAGCUGUAAUAGAAAGGAAAAGCUAUAAUGAAAAAAGAAGAGAUACGGUAGUAUUACUCUGUCCUUUUAUUUGUUGUGUUGUGGAAAGUUGUUUCUUGGGUCUAUAGGGAGAGGUCUGGGAUUUCUCUUUCCUUUCCUUUUCUUUUGGUGUAGGAACCAAAUUCCAAUUUGGGAAGUGUCUUCUUGUGGACCGCAUUCUAACUGUGUGUGAAUUGUGGGCAUGGUUUUUAGAGUGAAAGGAAAAUAAGUAGAGCCAGAUAUAAUUUGUGUGUGUGUGUGUGUGUGUGUGUGUGUGUGUGUGUGUUUAUUCUUCCUGAUCCCCAGCAAGCAAAGCAUAACACAGUUCUAUCCAUGUCUACUCAGGAGUAAGCACAGUCAGAGAUUCCGAAGUAAGCGUUACUGUCAUGCAAGCAGCUUCCUAGGCUUUAAUUAGUGCAUUAUCUUCAAUCACUGUUUACAGUCACAGUAGAUGAAGCUUGCAUGCCUGAUGGAAAACUCUAUGGGCUGAAUUUAGCCUCCGGGGCAGAUAUUUCCCAUCCUUGGUCUACUAGAUUGUAUGGUGCUCCUGGUAUGGAACUACAGCUCUUGAUGUUCCUCACCUUUGCUUAUAGAGGCUUUGGUUGCUGGGAAUUGCUGUUCAACAAAGCCUAGAGAGCUGCAUAGUUCCCAGUUGUGGCCCACAGAACACCAGCUCUCCUGGACUUUGUUGUUAUUCACAAGAAUCCUUGCAGUUUCACCAUUAAACACAAAUGCUUGGCACUAAUAUCUGCAAGAAAGCUUAUAUGCCUGUGUGCCUAUGUGUAUGUUCUUUUGGUUCUUUUCCUGCUGUUUGUAAUUUAGGAUUGCCACAGUGUUAACUGAUCUCUGCAGCAAUGCCUUUAACAGCAUCCUGAUGUGCAGAGAUCACCAAAUGACAAUGCUUGCCUAUGCACUGCAAGAGCAUUCAGUGUUUGAGGCUGGCAUAAGAAAAGAUUGGGACAGGAUUUUUUUCCUGGACAGUUGACAAUCCUAAUGCAUUUGAAUAAUCUGGAAAUUGGGUUCGAGGAAUUUCUUCCCACUUUCUCUUAGUGCACAGUACAGACCAUGUCAGGAAAUAAUGAUUAUGCAUUAGAAACUUUAUCCUGUCUUUUUGAGCUUCUACCCUCUUUGGAUGCAGAUCCAAAAAAAAAAAAAUUGAUAGAACAGAUACACAGGUACAUCGGAAAACUACAUUAGACUAAGAAGCUGCUCCAGCCAGCUUCUUUAUUUAGCAAUAAACUAUGAUAUUUAUUUGGCAGGCGCUAUUGCUGUGUGUUCAUGUGUUCCUCAGAGUUAAUACAUAAAGACUGGAUGACACAUUUGUACCUUUCCCUGCCCAUGUGAGUGCCUCCAGGGACCCUCACCCAAGCAGAGUCUUCAGAUACACGUCCACACUAGUGUUCAGUGACACAGUUAAGCUGGCCCCCCUUAUAUGUUUGCUGGGAGCCAAUGUCGUGAGAAGUAGUCGCGGUGGCGCAAUGGGUUAAACCCUUGUACCGGCUGAACUGCUGACCUGAAGGUUGGUUUGCUGACCUGAAGAUUGUCGGUUAGAAUCCGCAAGACGGGGUGAGCUCCCAUCUGUCAGCUCUAGCUUGUGGGGACAUGAGAAAAGCCUCCCAGCUAACACAUCCAGGGUAUUCCCCGGGCAACGUCUCUAUAGACGGCCAGUUCUCUCACACCAGAAGCGACUGACAGUAUGUUCUCAAUACGAUAAAAAUGUCAUGAGAAAUCUCCUUGCCUCAUUUCAGUAACUUAAUGAGUGGCUCCUUUGUGCUGUGUGGCAAAGACAUGACUAAGGACUAUUCCCAAAGCUAUCCCAACCUUCCUCUUUUCUAUCCACGCAAGCAUCCUCUCUUCUCCAAGGUCUGAUGUUUUUCCCAUGUCUGUCUUUUGGUUCUGUUUUGCUCUCAAGGGUCCCCUGAGUUGCUAAGCCAAGUCUUCCUCCCAGACUUUGCACAAGCUGCCGUCAAUGCAUCUGUCUUGUGAGCCUGGCCUUUCCUUUGCUGCAGAAGCGGAUGUGGAGCCUUCCCACCCCCUCUUCUUGGCGCUUCCUGUACGAAAUCUUUACAGAGUCUUGCCUCCCCCACCCCACAAGGGGCCUCUGGACAAGGCCAAGAGAACUUCCUCUUUCUGCUGCAACUUCACGUCUGUGAAGAAGUAAAUACUUGUGGAGGGGUGGUUACAGAAGUAUAGGAUAAGGACAGACAGUCCCAUUCGCAGACCCUUGAAGCUGUCUGGCAACUUAAGCCCCUUGAAUUACUUGCCUGCAAAAGUGUAACACACUCUGGUUCUGAGCUCAGAAAAGUUUCCAAGGUCUGGUUCUGCUCUCCCACCUUCUCAAUUUUGACAGGCUAGUUUCCUCCUCUGUGUCCCAGACCUCAUUGAGGAAUGAUUAUUUCAGCCUGUUGUUGUUUCUUGCAAACACUUCUCACUCAUUUAUUCCUUAUAGGACCUUCCAUAUUUCUGCUAUCACACCUCUUCCAGUCCUUUUCUGAUCCUUCUCUAAGUAGUGAUAAAACAGGUUUUUCUAAAAGGCCCUUAAUUUCUAAACUCAAUGAUGAAUGUGGAGGAAAUGUUUUUCUGAAGCUUACUCCACAGCCUAUUCACACCCAUGUCCGCCACAGUUGAUAUGGGACACUGUUUUCUCCCUCUGCCUCAGUCCCGGGCUUUCUACACUUUGAGCUUUCAUGGUGCCCAUUGAACCUGACCACAGCUAUGUGAACAUGUUUGCUGUAUAACUAUAUUUAGGUAUCUUUCUUAAGCUUUAAAAUGUACCAUAGGCUUGUAAGCAUCUCUAAUUAUGUUUCCAACAAAGUAGCCCAAAUCUAGAAGAAAAUCCACAUGGGCGGGAGGGUAUUACACCAAUGUACAAACAACUACAUUUUUUAAAGUCACAAGAUUUACCCCCAAGGAAUGCGGUUCUCCUUAAAAAUAAAAUAAAAUAACACUUUGGAUUGCCAUCUGACUGACUGAACAAACCCCUCUUGACCUUCAAUGCAGCAGUAAGAAGCUGCAAAUUUAGCCAUAAAUGGGAGCAGAAUUUACAUGGAAACAUGUAAAGUGCCAAGAUUUCUCUUUCCUCAGCUCUCUUGGUUGCUUCCUGCAGCAAUUUGACUGCACACAGGACAGAGUCAUCUAUAGUUGUCGUAAUUCAGAGCUUGGAAAGACUACGUUUUUAGUUUAGGAGCCCCAGAGUAAAGUCUGAAACUUCCUAACUGUGAGAGCUGUUCAGCAGUUGAACUCUCUGCCUUGGAGUGUGGUGGAGGCUCCUUCUUUGGAGGCUUUUAAGCAGAGGCUGGAUGGCCAUAUGUCGGGGGUGCUUUGAGUGCAAUUUUCCUGCUUCUUGGCAGGGGGUUGGACUGGAUGGUCCGUGAGGUCUCUUCUAACUCUUAUGAUUCUAUGAAUUCCAGAAUUGCUGCCUUUCUAAGUCAGAAUUGGAGCAGUUUUGGCACUCCAGAUGUUUUUAACUUUUGCCACUGCGGUUGUUAACCACUGUCAAGCCAGGAUUGACUUAUGUGACCUUGGGGACAUCUGCACUGUGAAACUAAUGCAGUUUGACAAGACUUUAACUGCCAUGGCCCAAUGCUAUGGAAUCAUGGGAGUUGUAGUUUUACAAGGUCUUUAGCCUUCUCUGCCAAAAUGAGUCCUAGCUCCACUGAGAGAGAGAACAUCACUAGCAGCCAAAUGGAGAAGUUGCAUGGAGCACAAGCACCCAGUUGGCAAGCUGUUUAGGCCACGAAAGUUGGAAUAAAAUCAGGAAUUUAAAAUGGGAAGCAGGAGAGGGAGGGGAGAAUCUAGCAGCUCUCUAAGUCAGGGGUCCCCAAACUAAGGCCCAUGGGCCGGAUGUGGCCCUCCAAGGCCAUUUACCUGGCCCCUGCCCUCAGUUUUAGACAUAGGCUCUCCCAAAGUCUGAAAUGACUUGAAGGCACACAAUAACAACAAUCCUAAUUAACUUGACUAUCUAAUUGGCCAGAAGCAGGGCCACACUUCCCAUUGAAAUCCUGAUAGGUUUAUGUUGGUUAAAAUUGAUCUUUAUUUUUUAAAUAUUGUAUUGUUCUUUCAUUGUUGUUUUUUUGUGUGUGCUACAAAUAAGACAUAUGCAGUGUGCAUAGGAAUUUGUUCGGUUUUUUUUUAAUGAUAAUUUGGCCCCUCAACAGUCUGAAGGAUUGUAGACUGGCCCUCUGCUUUAAAAGUUUGAGGACCCCUGCUGUAAGUGGUUUAUUUCUGUCUACUUCUUCUAAUACACUGAUGGAGUGAUAUUGAAGCCGCAAGUACUGAAGCACAGUUUUAAAAGGUGUUUAAGGACUAGCAACUCUGCUUUGCUUUUAAAACCUUCAGCACAAUCAUGGUUCAUGGUUCUCUUGUGCAAAGUGAAAUGAAAUGAGACAACAGGUUGUGGGCAGACUCUCCUGGUAGCUGAGUUGCCUGCUGGCCCAGGCCUGUUCUCUUGAGAGAGAUGCCAUGAUGAUUGAUGGAUGCAUCUUCCCAUGAAGGCAUAGGGAAGAGUAGAUGGACAGAAAGGCACUCACAGGGAUACAUCUGCAUUGUAUCUGAAUCAGUUUGACCCCACUUUAAUUGUUGUGGCUCAAUGCUAUGGAAUCAUGGAAGUUGUAGUUUGGUGAGGCACCAGUACAUUUUGGCAAAAAAGACAAAUGACCUUGUCAAACUCCAACAUCCAGGAUUCCAUAGCAUUGAGACACGGCAGCCAAAGGGGUGUCAAACUGCGUUCAUUCUGCAGUGUAGAUCAGGGAUGGGCAAACUUCGAACCUUCAGAUGUUCUGGAUGUCAACUUCCACAAUCUGAGAGUUAAAGUCCAAAACACCUGGUGGGCUGAACUUUGCCUAUGUAGAUGCGCCCAAGAUGAGCAUGAUUAACCGCUGCCUGUUUUCUUUUGAAAACCCAUGCGUUAAAUGAUGGUAGCAUGACACAAGAGUGCACCCUUGUGGUCACUGCAUAGAAAUUCUUGACUAGCUAGCAAAAGCUGGAAUGCAAUGGAGCUGAGCAUGGUCAGAGACUAAUGUAUUUCUUGUUGCUGUAUUCUGUGAAGAGAGUAUUACACCAAUGCUUAUGGGGUUUCUUUCCUCAGAUGUCAAAAUAACUUGGCAAGUUUUGAUAUGCAUGUGUGUGUACAAGUUCCUGGUUCAUGUGAAGGGAAAAAUACACAAGAAAGAGUCCAGGUAGAGCAGGCAUGGGCAAACUUGGGCCCUCCAGGUGUUUUGGACUUCAACACCCACAAUUCCUAACAGCCUCAUCUUAAGCGGCUGAGGGGGAAAUGGAAGGGGCCUGAGGCUGUUAGGAAUGGUGGAAGUUGAAGUCCAAAACGCCUGGGGAGGGCCCAAGUUUGCCCUUGCCUGAGAUAGUGUUUCUGUAUCUUUGAUGGUUGCGGAGGAAGAAGACUGCUUGUUACCUGGUUAUAAACUCUACAAGUUAGCUGGCAUUGCCCCUCCUGACGUGCAACGGGAAGUUGCUGCUAACGGUGAGAGAAAUAAGGUCGAACAUUGUGAAAGCCACCCAUUGCAUGACUAUCAACUUCCUCCCACCAGACUCAAAUCAAGGAAAAGCUUCAUGAGAACCACCACUCCUCUUGAUGUUCCCCCAGCAACAGCAAGGGUGUCCCUCUGGGCACCUAAACCAGGCAAUUCCAAUGGCCCCCCAUGAGGCUCUUCUUCCAUGGGCAAACCAAGAAUGGGCAACUUGGAAGUCCCUGAACAGACUCAGAAGCGGAGUGGGCAGAUCAAAAGACAACCUGGCAAGAUGGCACUACCUGGAGCAAUCCUCCACCUUGUGUGACUGUGGAGCUGAACAAACAACUCCGCAUAUGUAUACUUGCCCACAAUGCCCUGCCUCAUGUACGGAGGAGGAGGAGUUGUUUAAAGCUACGGACAAUCCGGUCGCUGUUGCCCGCUUUUGGUCUAAAACUAUUUAGCUGUUUGUGAUUCCUUUAUUUUUAUCACUUUCGGACUUGUUUGUUAUGCAAUGCUUUUGACACAAAAUAAAUAAACCUGGUUAUGUGACAGGUAACACCUUCUGAAAUUCCCUCCAGACUGGCAGCCCUAUUUGUUACAUCGUUCAUUGUCUUGCCAGGCUAUGGGCCCUUCCAUACAGCCAUAUAACUCAGAAUAUCAAGGCAGUUAAUCCACAAUAUCUGAUUUGAACUGGGUUAUCUGAGUCCACACUGCCAUAUAGCCCAAUUCAAAGCAGAUAAUGUGAGAUUUUAUACAGCUGUGUGGAAGGGGCCUAUGUAUAAUUGGCUGAAGACAAGAAAGCUUGAGUAAGAACACUGUAUUUACGCAUUGCAGCUUUUAUUCGCUUAUGCAUUGUGAUCUGUACAUCCCCCAUUCAUCUCUCACUGUAUACAUUCAAAAUCUCUGACUCAGGCCCCUUCUACACUGCCAUAUAAUCCAGAUUAUCAAAGCAGAUAAUCUACAUUAUCUGCUUUGAACUGGAUUAUAUUUGUCUACUGCCAGAUAAUCCAGUUCAAAGCAGAUAAUCUGAAUUUUAUAUGACAGUGUAGAAGGGGCCUCUGUUACACCAUUUUGGCCUAUGAUCUUACUUUACUCACAUCGUGAGCUCUCCUUGGUUUUACAUCCUGCUUUUCCUUCAGGGAACUCUCCUUCCACCCUUUCUAUUCUCACAACAACCAUGUAAAUUAUCUUAGCCUGAAACAGAGUUGCCAGGUGAAAUAAAGGAUAAGGUUCCUGUCCAUGUAAUGCAGUGGUUCUCAACCUGUGGGUCCCCAGGUAUUUUGGCCUACAACUCCCAGAAAUCUCCACCAGUUUACCAGCUGUUAGGAUUUCUGGGAGUUGAAGGCCAAAACACCUGGGGACCCACAGGCUGAGAACCACUGUUGUAAUGGUUGUGUAGACAAGGACGCUUCACCUUUUACAAAGGUUGGGGUAUGGCAUACAUAGCUUACAAAACAGAGCUUUGACAAGUUACCAUUUUAGAUUCUAGCUUGCAGAGUCUCUAAGCCAGCAAGGCUAGAAAUAUUUCCAAACUCUGCUACAAGAUUCUCACCAACUGCUUCAUGUAUUCAUCUUUUUUAAAACAGCCUAUCUUUUAGUAUGGAAACACAUUUUUACCCUUCUAUUAUCAUAAUAUAUAGGCAGAUAUGUCUCACUAAGGCUGGAUCUACACUGCCCUAUAUCCCAGGAUCUGAUCCCAUAUUAUUUGCAUGCUUCCUAAAAGUGGCAUGAAAUUGCAUUGAUGCCUUUCCCCCUCCCACACAACCCAGCAAUGUACACACUCGCCACCACACACAGGGUUUUAUUUUCUCACUAUGUAUUGAAAAGGGCUGGGCAGAUCUCAUAUGCGAACCUUGAAGCCCUGCUGUGGCUUGCCUAAUGUCAUUAGCAACACAGCUGUGGCAACUAAAGGAGGCAAAUACACAAAGCACAGAUUAAUUCUGGCUUCAGGCACAGCACCAUGGGAUUAGGGUGGCCACUGUCCCUUUUGCUGGUCUUCGCUACCUGUGUGACAGAUCCAGCCACAGGAGCCAUAGUGUUUGGUGACAUCCCAGGAACAGUGGAGGUGGAAGACAGCACUGCUCCAGGGACAACUGUGGCCAACUUCACUGUCAAAUGUACAAACUCCAGUAUUACACCCCGUGUAAAUCAGAGCGUCAGCCCCGUGACCUCUUUUUUCAAUCCACCAAACAUUUUGUCUCCUAGCAUCUACCAGGUGAGCCUUAGUCCUAGUGCUGCUCUGGAUGCCAAGCAGGUGAAUCAGUAUGUCUUGACAUACAGUGCACAGUGUGCCACAGAAUUUGAUGAAUAUUCGCUGUUUAUCAAAGUCAUUCCAGCAAAGAGAUUAGAGUGCAACACCCUCCCUGCUGACAUAGCUCCAUUACAAGUUCCUGAGGAUAUUACUCCUGGAACAUUGAUCUACACACCUGUACUGAAGAGGACAGGCACAAGUACCUUGAAUUAUGCACUUGAGAAUUCUUCUCUACCUUUCCAAAUGAGUCGUGAAGGGGUGCAUGCACCCGCUACAGGCUUUAGUCGUGAGCAAGCUGGCAAGAUAUUCUCAAUGGUAAUUGUGAUAACAAGCACUGAUGGUAUCAGCUGUCACAUCCCUCUGUCAGUCCAGGUGAUGCCUGUUUACCAUAACCAAGUCAAUUUCACGGAGUCUUCAGUAGCAAAAACCAUUUUGGAAAGCGCAGGGCCACUCCAGGAGAUUAUACAGGUCCGAGCCAAUGCUGAAAAUGUGGGAAAUUUGCUGUAUCAGAUCAUCUCUCCAAACACAAACUAUUUCACCAUUAUUCCAGAUACAGGCAUGAUCAUGAACACAUACAACUUGGAUCUGAAACGCAAUCCAGGCUUAGCUGAAACCCAGCUGUUGGUGAAGGCCUACAACAAGCUUCAUCCAAGUGACUUUGCUACUAUCAUGGUCAACAUUACUGUAAAACAGCAGAAUCUUGAAGGACCUCUGUGCUCUCCUGGAGUGUUUGUGACUGGAAUUCCAGAGACAUUCUCCAUUGGAAGCCCCCUAUGGAGUCUGUCUUGUAGCGAUCGGGAGAAUGGCAAUAGUACCCUUCACUACCAAAUGGAAGAUGCACAAAGCCCUCGCUAUAGCUUCAGAAUGGAGGGCCCAAAUCUGCUGGUGAAUACCACUUUGGAUUAUGAUUCAGAAGUUAUGGCCAGUCUUGCCUUCCAGUACCGAGCUGCUAUUCUGGUGUCCGACAGUGGAAGCCCCCCACAAACUACCCGGGUGCCUGUGCUUGUGACAGUAAGCCCAGUGAAUGAGUACAGCCCACAGUGCUUACAACGGUCUUUCAGUGUACGGGAGGAUGCUGGCUUUGGGGACAUCUUUGGAAAUGCCAGUGGCAUUGACCGAGAUUAUCCUUUCAAUAACAUUGAAUACAACAUCCUGGGGGAAGAAACUGGAUCUUCUACAAUGUUCUAUAUUGGGCGAUGCACAGGGCUGCUGCAUGUACUGGGCCCAUUGGACUAUGAAAAAGUGAAGGCAUAUCACCUGGCGAUUAGCCUAAAAGACAUCGAUAAUGGAGCAGAAGGCCCACGUUCCACACUGUGCAACAUCACCAUUAAUGUACAGGAUGUGAAUGACAACCCUCCUGUCUGUGACCCAUCAUUCUACGAACGCUCCAUAUAUUCCACCCAGGCCCAAAGCUUAAGCCUCGUGCAGUUGGUUUGCAGUGACCUCGAUGUGACAAGUGAACUGACCUACAACAUUGUUGGUGGCAACAUAAAUGGACGUUUUCGCAUGGAGGGUAACAGGCUGUUCCCUAAUACCUUUUCUUACAACCCUGAUGGUAUUUUUGACCCCCUCACUUUUAAGCUUCUUGUAGAAGUGACAGACAGUCGCAGCACACCUUGGUUCAGCACCACAGCCAUCGUUCUUGUUCAUGUGACCCCCUGGACCACAACUGUGCCUACUACUACCACCAGUACUACGACAGUGCCCAAAGAACCCAUCAUUUUGCACAAAACCAAAGAAUAUUGGGCACCAGAUCCCUGGUUUGUGGUGGUUAUUACUCUCACUGGAGUUCUUCUCCUUUCUGCCUUGGGUUUGUUAUACUGGCGGCUCUGCUGGAGGAAGGCACCAGGAAUUAUGUCCCAACCAUUACUUCAGAAUAAGGCUAACGGGCUGGAAAGAAAUUACAUCGUGGCAGAAGUGCCAGGCAAAGGGAAAGGAGCCAAUGAGGUGCCGAGUCUGCCACUCCAGUUUGAUGGCCGUGCUCAAGACCCUGUGACAGGCCAAUAUUACCUCUUUGACAGCAGCACUGGAGCACGGCGCUGGGUGUGAUCAUGUCUUUUUUCAUGUGAAGGAUUGCAGACUGCAGUGAGGAAACAAGAUGAAGAGCAAAUUUGCUGAACGAAUUUGCAGCAAUGCAAAAUGCAUUUACGUAAUCUGUACCUACUACAGUAUUUAUCUUGAGAUAGAACCGCAUUAUCUGCUUUGAACUGGAUUAUAUGAGUUCAAAGCAGAUAAUCUGGAUUGUAUAUGGCAGUGUAGAACAUGUGCACAUAUACGAUACAUUUCUUCAGUCUAUUUUGUUUUUCUUUUGGCCCUUCCCAAUGAAGUACCAUGUAUACAUAUCUUUGCUUUAGCAUUAGCUGUUUAGAGAUACUGAUAUCAUAAUGUUAAUGUUAAUUGUUGCCAUCUCAACCCAUCUAAUUUUGCUGUGAUUUGAUUAAUAUUAAAAGAUAGCAUCAAUCAGUGCUCCAGGCUACUAUGAUGUGUGGACAUUUAAUAAAGAGAUAUUGUAGUAUUGUGA